AUGGACCUCUCUCGGCUUGAGACUUCAGAACCUUCUACUGUUAGAAGUCAGCAGAAUUUGUGGAAAGCCUUAUGGAAGAUGCCGGUUCCUAAUAAAAUUAAAGUUUUUGCAUGGAGAGCUUGUAUGGAUAGUCUUCCCUCUAAAGCCAAAUUGAUGCAGAAACAGGUGCUUAAGGAUGCUUGUUGCAGUGUUUCUGAGUUGGCUAUGCAGUUUGUUGCUAGAAAAGAUAUGUCUAAUUUGGCAAGAUUUUUCUGUUUUGCAUGGGAUUUCUGGUUUAGGAGAAAUAAACUUGAAUUUGAUCACAAGAUCCUGUCUCCUUCUCAUGUCAUUUCCCAUUCAUUGGGUCUGUUACAUAGUUAUAAAACUGUGGUUGUUAAAACUCGGAUGCAGGCCCGAACUCACUUUAGCUGGAAAGCUCCCCCAGCUGGUGUGCUGAAACUUAAUAUCGAUGGUGCCAUUUUUUCAGAUGCUCAUAAAGCAGGUAUUGGUGCUAUUUUGGGAGACUCAAUUGGGCAAGUUCUAAUGGCUGUUUCAAAAAUUGAAGUAGAUGUAGAAGAACCUGAAACCGUGGAACUCCUAGCAGUUUUUAGAGGCAUGAAGCUGUGUGUUUCAAUGGGAAUCUCGGCUCUUGUGGUGGAGAGUGAUUGUUUGCUCCUUGUUCAAUCUUUGCAAUAG